GUUAGAAGAUAUCUUCCUUCAGUUUUGUUUAUGUACGUCUUCGUCUUACCUUAGUUAAUGAUUGACAAGUGCGCAAGGAAAAUGGGGAAUUACAUAUUUCGUUAAGGUUAAGGUUAUACAAUAUUAUUUUAGAAGCGUUCGAUAAAGCACAAGAUUUGUUGCCAAGAUGAGUAAAAUGUAUACAACCGCCAACCUUUCUGACAAAGAAUUAAAGGAAGAAGGGAACCGUCUUUUCAAUCUUCACAAAUACGAGGAUGCUGCACACUGCUACACCAAAGCAAUUAUUAAAAAUCCAACCCAAGCACUAUACUUUACGAACCGAGCGCUGUGUAACCUGAAAUUGAAACGAUGGGAAUCGUCCUGUCUAGACUGCAGACGUGCUCUUGAUAUCGACCCAUGUCUGGUGAAAGGUCAUUUUUUCUUGGGUCUAGCUCUUCUCGAAAUGGAACUGGUGGAUGAGGCAGUUAAACAUUUACAAAGAGCUGUGGAUUUGGCCAAGGAGCAAAAGUUAAAUUAUGGAGAUGAUAUGACCAGCAUUUUAAGGCAAGCGCGAAAACGUUGUUUCCAAUUGAGAGAAGAACAGAGAAUUGCACAAGAUAUUGAAUUACAAUCAUAUCUCAAUCAAUUGAUAGUAGAAGACGCUGAAAGAAGAUUAGCUGCUUUAAAGGAACAAGAAACAGUUAAAGAUGCAGAUGGUAAAAGUGAAGCAGAAACCUCAUCUAUCGAGUUCACAAGAAAGAAAGAAGAAAUAGAAGAAAAAAGAGAUAUGUGUAUGGCUCACCUUAAUGAUCUGUUUGCAAAGGUAGAUGAGAGAAGAAGGAAAAGAGAAGUACCUGAUUAUUUAUGUGGAAAAAUUAGUUUUGAAAUUUUACAAGAACCAGUGAUUACACCAAGCGGAAUUACAUAUGAACGGAAAGACAUUGAAGAACACUUACAAAGGGUAGGCCAUUUUGAUCCAGUUACUAGAGUUCGUUUAACUCAGGAUCAAUUAAUUCCUAACUUAGCAAUGAAGGAAGUAGUAGAUACAUUUUUGCAAGAAAAUGAGUGGGCAUUGUAUUAUUAAUACGUAAAAUUAGGUUACUGCCAUACUUUUAUGAUCAAUGAUUACGUAUGUCAUGAUUACUUUUGGGUCCUAUUAAUUUACACAAAUGUGUAUAUCAUUGCCUCGUGAACAGUAAAUAGAUCAUGUAUUUAUAUAUGAAAUUAAAUUGAACUUUUUUCUAUCUUGAUUGAAUGUAUUUAGUUUAUUACUUGAACAGUCACAUUGAUUAAUUAAAUAAGGUUGAUAAAUAAAAAUUUUAAUAACAAACAAAUAUUUCUUCAGUUGACGAUUUUGUGUAUUUAUAUGAAAUAUUAAAAAUAGCACACUCAGUACUCUUAAAUAGGAUGUUAAAUAAUAUAGGUCAUAUAAGAGUGUUAAAACUGUAUAUCUUUUUCUGAUAAAUAAUAAAUUUAUUGUUUGAUGUA